AUGAUUCUCCCGUCGACUUUGGCCCUAGCUGGGCUUGCCGCGGCUGUAGCUUCGUCUACCGGGACAACAGCCUUGGACGCCCAGGGCGCUCCCGCCAAUGUAGCCACAAGCGCUUUCAUCCUCGAAUGCCAGAGCAGUCAAAAUCUGGAUCCGAUCGUCAAGGCCGUCGAGGCGCAGGGCGGCGAGAUUGGCCGCCAGUUCGACUCCAAGGUCUUCUACGGCGUGUCGGUGCGCCUGCACAACUCCACGCUGACCACCAAUCAGAUGGAAAACAUGCCAGGCGUCACAAAGGUGUGGCCCAUCGAGGCGGAGAAGCAACAGGUAGAGCUGCAGCCGGUACAGUCGCCGGGACAGCGGUCCGGGCCUCAGCGCCGUGACACUUCUUCGUCGUGGAACCACAUCAUGACGCAGAUAGAUAAGCUGCAUGCGGCUGGAUUUACAGGCAGCGGUAUCAAGAUUGGCAUUGUCGAUACUGGUCUCAACUAUACACAUCCAGCCUUUGGCGGCUGCUUCGGCGGCGACAAUUGCCGCGUCGUUGCGGGCGACAACUUCUCCAAGGACGGCAACAAGGACGACCCCAUGGACUGCCACGGCCACGGCACCGCUGUGGCGGGCGUCCUCGCCGGCAACGACGCCAACUUUGUCGGCGCGGCGCCCAAUGCCACGCUCGCCGCCUACCGCGUGAUGGACUGCAACGCUAGAUUAAAGCCCGAGGACCUCAUGGCCGGCUGGCUACAGGCGUACAAGGACGGCGCGCAGAUCAUCAUCUCCUCAGCGGGCUGGCAGGGCUCCAGCUGGGACUCGCACCCCGUCGCGGCCGCCGUCGCGCGCAUCGUCGACGACGGCGUCCCGUGCAUCGUCGGCGUCGGCAACUUCAAGGACGCGGGUCUCUUCUCCGCAUUAACACCGUCCAGCGGAAAGGGCGUCACCUCCGUCAACGCGUUCGCGCGGGCUCCCGGCGCGAUAGACGGGCCUGUCAGGGACGCCCCCAUGGCCAAAUUUUCGACGUACGGCCCCAACUGGGACCUGAGCAUCAAGCCCAGCGUCGGCGCGCCGGGCGACGACGUUCCGACUGUUAACAUCCGCGGCGAGUACGAGAAUGUGUCGGGGACUUCGUUUUCCGGCCCCCUGGUCGGCGGCAUCAUGGCUCUCAUGGCCGAGGUACGCGGCUCGUUCGAUCCUGCGCUCCUUAACAGCCUGCUCAUGUCCACGGCUGUACCCCAGGGAGCGCCCUUCUCCGUUGCGCAGCAGGGCGGCGGCUUGGUCAGGGCCUGGGACGCCGCUCACGCCACGACGCUCGUCGAGCCUGCCGGACUCGCCUUUAACGACACUCUCCAUCGCGCGCAGUCUCUUCGGCUCCGCAUCACCAACACUGCCAAGUCUAACGUCACCUACCAUAUCGAUACUGUCGCAGCGGAAACGCUUUAUACCUUGCAAUAUGGUUCCAAUGAUCUAAAACAAAGCCCUCCGGAGAAGAAUGCAGCCGAUAUCAAGCUCAGCCAGCGCGUUCUCGUUCUUGGCCCCGACCAAUCGGCCUUUGUUGACAUAUCGGCCGCAGAUCCCGAGGGCCUUGAUCCUAGCCGCCUGCCAGUCUGGUCGGGUUGGAUUUCUAUCAGCAGCUCUAGCAGCGCGAACAGCAGCUCCAGUAGCGGUUUGCUGACUGUUCCGUAUCUGGGUCUCUCCGGGUCGUUAAAGGAGCACCAAGUUCUUAAACCAGAUGGGGCUGCACUUAGUACUCAAACGUUUGGCCCCGAUUCUGCGUAUGAGUCCAGGCUCUCUGAUGGCCACUAUUUUAGCUAUUCAAUUAAUGAUGGUGGCUCAUUGGACCUUGAAUUGCCCAUGGGCAUCAAACCUCGCCUUGGAACUCGUCUUGCACGAGCCGAGGCUGUGCCGGUGUCGCCACGCAAGUGGCUUGCUGAGCGUUUAAAGGCCAAGGAUCUGAAACUCAAGGCCUUUACUAUCGAGUCACUCUCUCAUAGCAAAUCCACACGCAAGACAUGGAAUGGUCAACUGGAAUCGGGCGAUUAUGUCCCCGUGGGUACAUAUAAGCUUGCUGUGCGCGCCCUCAGGCUCUUUGGCGACGCUAAUGUUGAGUCGGAUUGGGAUUUGUCAGAGACUGUGACGUUUAACGUCGGAGCAGGAGGUGGCAAGGACGCCUGCAAAAUAUAUGACUCCGGCCAGACAACGAUUCCCGAAAAUGCCUUGUUUGAGAGCUACAAGGAGUGCCUCCAGGUCCAUGGGAGCCGGCGCGGUCCCUUUCCAGACUUACCUUGGAUUUCUGCACCUGAAGAUGAGGCCGAGCGCAACAAGUGCAUCGACGACAACAUCACGGAAAAGUUCUGCGGCACCUACCGGUUCUGCAAAGCGCACGAGGAUAAAACCCUUGAAGAGGGCCUCAAGUCCCCAUUCAUGACGUGGGAUGAUUGCGUCCGGGGCCACGAGACGCUGUUUACUACGCCUAGUUACCAGUGGCGGAAACAGGACUGUAUGGACAGUAAGGAUGAAAGGACUUGUGGCACGGACACUUGGUGCACCUUGGGCUUCGGUACACAGAAGGGCAACCUUCGAUUCAACAGCUCCGAAGAGUGCAAGUGGGCUCAUGGGAUAUACUAG